UGUUGUUUUUUGUAUUUUUCAGUGGGAUCCCACCAAUCACCAUGGAAGAAAUAAAUUUUAGUGAAGUCGUUGUCAAGCCGCCAUUCAGCGAUACAGUCAUCUGAAAACCAUCAUCGUCAUCUGGCAUCCCCAACGUCGAUCAUGUCUUGUUACGUCACGCUAAGCUGUUCAGAGCAACGACGUUAAGCUUGGACUUGGACCGCUCGGACUGAAGACUGUCUUCUGAGCGUCCAGCAGACGCCCAUUUUUAAGGCAAUAACGAGCGGAAAAACUCCUCUUCUUUACCGGUAUUUCAAAGUACUUUCUCUAAGCCACUUCCAUCUGUCCCAACGGCUCAAGUCGGAAGUUUAUUACAGAAAAGUGUGUACCCUUUGUGCGAUAACCUUACCGGUAAAGAAAAAUAGGAGUAAAAUAUAAUAUUCGAAACCAACAAAACAAAUAAUAUAAGUUCCACGUUAAGAAAGUUCCGCUAAGCCUCCUAGGCUGGGUUUGAAAAAUCGCUUCCCAAACUCGUAGAUUUAGGGUCAAGUUGGCCAUCACGUAACUUUGAGAGGACAUCAAAAAAGACAGUCAGCCGCUUUUCGUUGUCUUAUGUUAAAAGUGAGGCGCAUUUGUUUGCCAUCCUCCCGACCCCCUAAACAUUUCGAAAGAAGAUAAACUUCCACCGCCAGGAUUCGUAAACACCUCUGAAGAAAGAGUAAAGUGUCUUCUAAAACCCAGAAAAUACCGGAGAUCGCCACCUUCUCUUAUCUAGUCCAGCUCAAGACGUCGGAACCAACGUGUUAAGAACCUGGAAGCCAUUCAAACUAGGAGUAGUUGGGAGACAUAGGUUCUCCGUACUAUAUGCUUCCGUGAGAAAGCUCGCGUUGGAGCCGCACAGCGACUUUCGCAAGACUGCGGAGCAGUAUUUUCAAACUUCCAACUUUCCGACACAGCCAGUUCUUUGUUUUAGAUCAUCUGCUUCAAUCAAUCCCGUGGUUCUUCCUCUGUACCGGAUGUAAAGCUUGCACAGACAACGGUGAACAGUGAACCCGAACAUCAACGUGGGAUUUGUCACGUCCGUAAGGAUACACGUGAAGUGCCAAGUGUAUGUUGUGCAAAAGGUGAUUCAUCUCUACCGACUUCGAGGCGACCCAGAGGUCUGCUCGUCUCCACAACGUGGGUGUGAGUUCUCAGUAUACUGUGUGGUGCGAAGGACGCCGAGUAGCGAGCGCUGUGCCCAGCGAGAGUGACGUCGACACCAUCGCGAUUUCGUGGGCCGCGCUGAGUCGGCCGCCGUCGGGCAGCAGACAGCUGGCUCGAGCGGUGCCUGGCGGGCGCGGCGGCCAUUAUGCCCAGAUGGCGGCUGCGAGGCCCUAGGAACCGGGCGGGGACAUGCGGCCGGGAGUCAACGCCACGUGGACCAGGAACACGACGGCGCCCGCACCCUUGGCCACGACCAUGGCUGUCCCCGCCACCCCGCCGACGACUCGGGCCGCCCCUCUGGUGGGACACGCGCUGCGGCCGCCCAGGCCCACCGUGUCCCUGGACGCCCGUCCCGUGCUGAUCCCGAUCCUGUCGUCGGUCAUCUGCUUCCCCAUCGUGGCCUUCGCGGUCAUCUGCGCGCUGCGCUACAGGGCUCUGCGCCUGCGCAGAAAGGAGCACAUGCGGAGGCUCCGCGGAGGAGGGUGGUGGGCUAGCAGGAAGCCACGCAAGAAAAGGUCGGUUUCCAGGUGGUCGCUCCUUCGGUUCUUGAACAAAGAGGAGCGGAACGAAGAGAAGUGCGGCGGAGAAAGCGGCGGUGCAAAAAGUGGAGGGAUGCGUGCAGCGCGACUGGAGAUCCCCGGACGCGAGAAGCCGUCGCUCUUCUCCCGCGACUCCUCGUCUGGCGACACCAGUUCCCGACCCCCGGGCCAGGAGGACGAGCGCCGCACGCAGACCCGGGUGCCAUCCUCGUCGUCGGACGACGAAGACGACGACGACUUCACCAGCGACAUCAUGGCCGGAGGCAGGCCCCUAGCCUCGUCCACGGGCUCGAGACGUGGGAGCAUCAACCACGUCAAGUUCGGCGCCGCGGCAGCCAUCCUGCACGUACCAGGAGUGCCCAGUCCUCGGUCCGGUUCGCCGCGUUCGGGCUCGCCCCGCUCGGGGUCAGUGACGUUUUUCGAAGAGCCGUCGUUCAUCCACGACGUAGUGAACGACUACGAAGACGACGCGGACGAUGAAGACGACCUCGAGACCACGGGCGACGGGAGGUAGCCACGGCGAGGCGGCGGCGGGUCGCGGCCGUCGCCCGCUGUGGCAAGCAGUUCUGCCACGCGUCUCGUGUUGCUCCAACUCCCGCGGCGACGGUCCAUGGUCGUCUCUGGCAUUGAGUCUGGCAUCGGGUCCGGCAUCGCGCCUGGAAUAGGGUCCGGAGUCCUGGAGACAUUGCUCUGAAGAAAGGCGUCACCGUCGGGUCGUGUGCUCGAUGACGCGUCUGACGUGGCGUCCGUGUCUGAUGUGGCGUCCGAUGGCGUGUCCGAUGUGGUGUCCAAUGACGUGUCCGAUGUGGUGUCCGAUGGCUCAAGCGGUAUAGCGCGUGCGCUAGCAGCGUUCAGCGUCGGGUUUGGAUCCGGUUUUGCAUGUGGAAUCGGGUGUGGAAAGUGUUGACGUUCAACUUUGAAGUGAGCCUUCGUGUCGACGAUGUUUGAGACUGUGAGUUGGGUGAAGCGUCGAAGCGAUCGGGGACGUGGAGUAGCGUGUGUCCGUGAGGGUAUCGGGACAAGCUCUGAUUUCUCGGAUCUGGUGUGUGAAAGGAGGAACAAACUGGUUCUUGGGAACAUGCGAGGCUCGGUCUAUAGACUUUCUAUUUGAGCAGUCUAGCCAGUGCAUUGUAGUUUUCGUACUUUCGCCACCAAGAUCACUUCAUCGUGUUCGGUUAGGAGUAUUUCUUCUCCAUGAAUUGUAGAUAAAAUGUUUACAUCCUAAAAAAAGAAAUUACGUAAUUAAAAAAAAGACUAAAAAAAACGAACAUUUUGAGUGAUAAAAUGCGGCCGUCGGGGCUUAUUUUCGCCAGAGGUUUCAGUUUAGUCCUCUUUCGUUGCACAAGUGCUUCGGAUCGGAUUUGCAGUGUUCAAAAUGCCUAGGUUUGCUAUAACCUUGUAUCAUAUUGAAUUGGCAUCCAGCUGGUAUAAACCUGCUGGUAUCGGUGUUUCCGUAUUGUGAAAUCCAGUUCCUUAAGCGUCGUAUAGUGAGGGUCAAGUUAUAGACGGUCACACUUAUUUAGUCAUAUAUUUUCCAGAAACAAAACUAAAAUGUUUUAGUAACUUUGUGAAGUUUUGCGUGGUGUUGUUUGUGAUGCAUAUGUAAUACCCCUGCUUAGUUUCUACAAAUGCACAAGUACCACGUUUAGAAAAAAAAUCUUACUCUUGAGUUACUUUCAUGGGAAAAUGCUUAGAGGGGUCAUGAAAAGAUAUCAGGUUGAGUUUUCAUGUUUUUACAGAGGCGUACAGGUCCUAGUCUGGCCCAAGUAUACUCACACAGAUUGCCACUGAUUCAAACGCUUCUUUGUCGCGGUGAAAGUGCGAGAUUAAAAGGGGAUUAUUUAUCUCAGUCUUGGCCUUCACAAAGCUUUAUGACGGAAUAAUGGGAUCUAAACCAGCCACCUGGCGACAGUCGAGCGCGGCUCAUGGAUUGGAUACGAGAACUGUGUGAGUACUCCACUUCGGCUCGUAACAAUCAAUGCCUCGGCGGACACUCGGGUAGUGGCUCGUGUCCAACCACUGCGGUAAUGAGAAUAGCCGAACUCCAACAAUGCCUGGAGCUCAAUGAUUAACGUUGGCGGCAUAGGAUAGGCACCAGGCCACGUGGCCGCUUGUUCUGGAUCCGAGUUGAGGGGAUGAACGAUACUUAUAUUUCACUACUUUUUUUUUGCGACUGUUUUUGCCUAGGAAGAAAUACUAAGGCAAGUUGAAUUAUUUAUAAACAUCAGGGAGAAAUUCUAAGUAAUAUAUAGCGAAAACAGAAAAAUCGUUUCAUGACCCCCUUAAACUUGACAUGAAAAUAAUAAUAGAAUAAUAAUAAUUCAUUUCAGACAUAAUUGUUUCCAGGAGGCUGGGAAAAAAAGACAGUCUUCUGACGUGGCCAUCAGCCCCUAAAUAGCUAUAUGUUACAGUCAGGACCUAUGAUUCAAGCACUUUACAUUAUGGCCACAUCAUCAAAAGAAAAAUUAGUUUCUUGAUAAAGAAAAAAUGGUAGAAGAGGGGACCAAAAAAAGAAAGCAACGCGUGUAAUACUUGUCGCCCUUACACACCCUGUCUAAAUGAAAUAAAAAUCAGUUACUAGCGAAAGAACUGCAAAUAAUUCUCUAGAAAUUUCUGAAUGUCCCAACAUGGUGCCGCGAACCCAAAAUGUAAGCCUAGUAAUGUAGAUUUUGCCGUAGACAAUAAACUUCGCCAGUGCAGGGCGAUCAAUGAGUUGGGGCCUCCUCUUCUAAAGAGCAGCAGUAGUGAUUACAUCGUGUUGGCUUAACUAUCAUAUAUAUUCAGCCGAUUGUUACUUAGCAAUUGCAAACCAUGAAUUCGAGCAAGACAUAUCUUAUAUCACGCAACGCCACCCGAAAACGCGAAAUGUUCCAGAAUUCACCAACCGCGAACAGACAGGCAAGCCUGGUAUAAAUGACGCAAACCAAACCACCUCGAAAAACAAACGAACCGCAGGCAAGCGAUGCCGAAAUACGACUGUGUCCUCGACGCACUUUAUCCAAUAAAACACAUCUUGACUAUGAUUUUUGGAGCACACAAAAACGACUUUAUCUAGGUCGAGCAUGAAAUUUAUAGACGUUCCACAAAAGGUCCGAGCAAAGCAUGCAUUACGCCACCUUUCCUGAUUGGUCUUGCGUGAACGACGUGUUCUCCGGAUCUGCCUAUACCGUAUAAAUCGCACCUCGCUACCAGCUACAAUAAACAACGCACAACCCUAGAUCCUUCCAGUAUUCCAGAAAGGGUUCGAUCCUUCCCGAAUUUUUCUUCCUUCGAUAGUGUCAUCCGGCGGACUAAACAGACCAGAGGGUAUGAGCCUUGACGAAGUUUAAUAUUUUCUACCGAUUAAGACGCCGUAUCUCAGAGCAGUAUUUUCCAAGACUGGGUAACGUCGAUUGUUGGCCACUUGACGCCCGCAGCUGUUCGCGAAAUAUUCUGACACUUGUUAACACCUCAGUGGCCUCAAGGAGCGAAGCCGGGCAGGACGUUUAGAGCUGCUGUGCCUUCCCUGUUGCCCACAUUUUGGUUGACACUCACUGCUUCAAACUAGUCUAAGAAGACCUCCCCAAACGUACGAAAUCUUCAAAUAAAAAAGGAAAUUGGUAGAGAAAUGUCUUCUUUUGAACUAUAGUCACUCACAAUUAAAAAAGCGCAGGGCGUGACCUAUUUGUUAUAUUCCAGCUUUUUUAUGUCGUGAUUCGUUGUUCGGCGAUCUUAUCGACUAUUUCUGCUAUCGUAUUGGCCACGGAGCGUUAAUAAGGCGCUAGGGAAUUUCCACACCCUGCGUUUAUGUAAAUUGUUAGUGACUAUAAAUCCGUUUUCAUAAUUGCCAUGCAACCCAUCUCAGGAGUUACAGGUAAUAUGUGCGCGCAUCUUCACAAGAAGCUCCUUUUGUGCAUACGUUCGUACAACCGAGGUAUUUUCCAGAGUUUUCUCGCCUCUGCCUUCGACAGCUGAAGGCUCUAUACGUACGUAAUACAGCACGUGCUGUGUUCCUGUUGAACAAACUAAAAAGAUAAAGACGCGUGUAACCGAUCCACUGCUGCGUGAACAUCGACCCAAUCUGGCAAGUUGGGCGCAGCGCAAUCAGAGGUACAAAUGUAGGAAGAGCUCGUUAGAAAAUUCUACCUUCCUGCUACGUCAAAUGACUAGCACUUGUCCAGCCCGAAACUUUGAUCAAGGAAAUCCAGUGGUGAAGAGAACGUAGUGUAAUACGGGAAAUUGUGGAGAAUGAAAAGUCAGCUGCUCAGCAUUUGCGUGCAGCCCGAAAAAAGGCACUGGGAUGACAGAGUGAGACCGUAAGUAUGCAGUACUAAUAAUUUUGUUUCUUGGGAGACUCGAACCAGCGUGCAUUGGGUCUCUCUUGUUUGGGUUAUAGUUGUACGAGAGAAAGUUAGAUGAUCUUCAUUAUAGGCACUGCUAUGUGUCUCUUCCUAAGACAAAGGCACUGGAGCCAGACUCCUCCUAAUACUUCUUAUGCAGGAGCGCUAGCACACGGCAGUACACUUUCAACCACGGAGACACGUCUGUGCCUUUCCAAGAACUGCGCAAAAUUCGGUGUAUGGAGAAUAGCUUUUUAAUAUUGCUACCCGCCACUUUUUGUUUUUGCAUUCGGUUCUCUUCACUUUAUAUGACUAUGUGGUCAGAUGCCAGGUUCUUGCGUUUCUAGACGCUUGGGCGCACUUCUCACCAAUGCAGGCUUGGUGCAAGUUCGUCAUCGUCGGUUCCAGCUGCUCAGUACUUGCGUGCAGCCCGAGAUGGGCAAUAAGGUUUAAUUUAACUUGAGAGACGUUGAAAGUUUUCAAUAAGUCCUGAACGACCGCUCCUAAAAACUUGUAAGUCGUAAACACAAUUUAAAAGAGGAAAACACGCGUAACAAUUCUAAGGCCGCAUUCACAAUGGCGUUCGAAUCGCAACCGUCCAACAUCAACUGCGCGUGAAUUUGUACAGCACCUUUAAGCGACCGCAUUCGCGACCGCUUUGCGGAUGCGACUGAGUCGCCAGUGUGAAUGCGGCGUAAGAGUGGUCUUGCCCUUAUCUCCACUGCACCCGUCAAACGCCGGCGUCCGGCGUUUGGUUAUCGCAUUCGGACGCAUUCGAGGAGUGCAGUGGAGACAAAUGCAGCUAGCUUUAGGUCUACCCCCUAAUCAUUCGAAUUAGAGCUCGGCGUUCUGACUUCCCCGCGCGUUCUAUUCUCGUCCUCUCCCUCAAUUUCCCGGCGUAUAGUCAGCCAGUAAAAUCAUGGUUAAGGUUAUUAAGACGCUGUGAGAAAACCGAAAUCCGGGGGUGCAGAUAAAAUAAAAAGGCAGACGGUUGAGCGGUUAAAAGUCACGGAUAAAGCUUCUAAAAUAUAAAUAAAUCAUAGAUUCCUCGCAGCGUGCCUAGGAAUCCACACACUUAAUGAGUUGACUUCUUCCUUCCUCGCCAUAUGGUACAUCCCAGCAUCGUUGGUUGAGUAUGUUGAAAUAGCACUAACAUCAGAACAACGAGCUCUGGUAUGAAUGAUUAGUGAAUAGAACUAUAUGUAGCAGCCAUUGUCUCCACUGCAAUCGUUGAACGCGUUAGAACGCGAAAAGCCGGCGUCCGGCAUUUGGCUCUCGUAUUCAAACGCGUUUGACGAGUGUACUGGAAACAAAGGAAGCUAGCUUUAGGUUUACCCACUAAACCUUCGAAUCGGAGCUUGGCGUUCUGACGUUCACGCGCGCUCUCGUCUUAUUCUCUUCCUCGGUUUCUCGGGUGCCUAGGUCAGACACUAUACUUGCACAAACCUAAUGAGUACAUUAAUGUUGUAGGGCGCCCAUGAUACCGAAUUCCGGUGGUCAAUUUAAGGUGCUCCGACUGGUCUGCGAUUUUCGCAGCUGUAUAUAGACCGCGUCAAAGCAACUCCUCCUAAAUGGCAAAGCUGUAUACUACUGAAAUUCCUGCGUCACCUAGAGGCUAACAGGGAGAAGAGAGUGAACGCGACCGCAGCAUCAGCGCUCGGGAUCGCGUCCCCGUUUUUUUAAACACCAGUUUGAGCUGAACGCUUACGAAGCUCUCCCGUUUAGUCUGUGCUCCGUGUUGGCCAAUUCUUUAGGGCACGUAAAAAUUUCAUUGGUAUAAGUUUUGUUAUCUGUAGUGACUGUCAAGGUGAGAACGGCAGCAAGGAGGUUCAGUUGUCCCGCCUCCAGCGCGAACAUUUUACCUUCGACAGCGCUUCGGUGUCUCGUGGACCUCGAGCGCGAGCGCGCAGCCAAAGCACGGCAGAACGCGUAUAGAGCGCGCACCUGAAGCCAUGCGUUCGAAAAAAACGUCCUGCCGUUCUCAUUCUGUCAGUGACUAUAGUAGGUGUUGGUCAGAGUCUGGUUUGAAAGAAGAGCUCUACAGCAUGCUGAAAACGAUCGCCUGAAUUCGUCGUUCCCUUCCUGAAUGCACUUAUUUUUUGACGAUGACUGCUACAUAUGUUUCCCGCUAUAUUUGCUUAAUAACGGCAUGCGCCGACUGGCGGGAUUUUAAAAAAAAAAAUGAUAAGAAGAAUUUGCGUUCUGUUUGCAAAAAAGUGGGGGGAUGACUGUGUAACUCCGUCAAUUCAAUCAAGACGCGCAACUAAUAGAAGACCUCUCAAGUCUGCCACCUUCCAAGCAGUGAUGUUGUGAACUGACCGUCGUGGCCAUCCACGUACGUGUGUGUGCGUGUCAUCGGUCGCGAGCCUCCAGCACCGUGGAAUCGUCUCCAUUCCGUUUCCUUACGGCGGUCCCUUCUAGAACAAUCCUGAUAACUGGAACCUAUACAUCCGUUCCCCAAAUCACUGUCAUCACUUGCAGGUGGUGCGUGUGUGUGUGAGUGUAAAACGUAUUGUGUCUCCGAAACUUUUCAACGGCGCCCAUCGUUCAAGGAGGCCUCCGACCAAUGCAAUCUUUCGGUAUCCAUUCUCCCAACCAUGAUCCAUCAACGGCAGGCAGCGGACAUAAGCGGACAAAGAAUGUGACGGCCUACAAGCAUCAAAUAAAAUACGAGUUCGGAGAUGAAAUGUCGGACGCCUGCGGCCGAUAAGUGAAGACAUUUAGUCCCGACCUCUCGUUGUUCCUGCCACCUAUGGAGGAGAUGUUAUGAUCAGGGUCUUGUUCCACCCAAAUUUCAACCGCGCAACUAUUUUCGAGUUUACCCGCACCCUCCCGAUUUUAGUGUAUGUCACCUUCCGGAAAGUUUCAGUCGGCCAUGUCCGGAUGACGAAGACGCCGCCAACGGGAAAUCGGGGAAGACUUUCUCGGCUCACCGAAACAGAGAGCGACCAACAUGACCGCACAAGGACGACUAACAUUCCUCUCGUGAAUAGGCGGUUCUUUUCCAGCGUCAAUUUCCCUUGCAAGCAAACGUGGCCGUCUCUUUUCUACAUUAAAAAGAGGACGCUUCCUGUUUCCCCCUGG